AUGGAGCUGCGUCUGGAUACGGGCAUGUCCGGCCCCAUCACCACGCGAGCGCCACGAGUUAUAUCUGAACAGGCGAACCUCGUAUCGAACGAAUCGCAGGUUGAAACGCUUUUGGUGCGUGUGCCGGGAUCUAACCCCCCACUGAUUCCUGAUUCCUAUCGUAUACCUCUCUGGAUCUUCACUGGCGGUCGUACGGCCGUUUCCAAACGCCUCGAUUGUGUUUUAGUUCCGAAAGCCAAGAAUGGCGUCAGUCAAAGUAUGGAGAGCAGUCAGGGCCCUCUAACCGAGGUGUUUAGCCUUCUUUUGACCUCCCUGGAAGGGCGUCAGAUGGUCCCGGGUAGGGUUACAUAG